UAAAGUAAAUGUUAUUUGUGUGGAUUUUAAACUGUUGACUUGUACUCGCCACAGUUUCAGCCAGCUCUCUAGUUUAUUCAGAUGAUUUUGCAAUACCUCGGUUGCUUCUGUUGCUAUAGGAUUUGAAGCCAUUAUAGCUGUGUGCUUACACCAAUCUAGGUACCAAUUCAAAGUUAAAUAAUUUAAAAUGGCUCUUCUAAAAAACAAGACCGUAAUAGAUUUUUACUAUAUUGUUUCCAUAUUGUUUAAAUAUAUUACAUAUUAAUUAGUGGAUAACCUACAUUAACAAUGUAAAUACACAACACAUAUUUUUCCGUUAUAAUUAUUUUUAAUUAGUAUGUACCAAGGCAGCAUUCCGUUGUAAAACUUAUUUUAAACUUGAAAAAAAAAAUGAAAAAAAAUAGACUACAAUAAAAGCAAGCUAGAACAUUUUAGGGCUAAAAUGGAUAAAGUACAAUAUGUGCACUAUUACGAACAUACAGAAAAUGAACAUGAACAGAAACUUAUGUUACAAAAGGAUGAUGGUGAGCAGCAACAAAGCAAUUUGAAGCACCCAGAUACGUUAUUUUUGUACUUCUCAAUAAUCUCAGGAAUAUUUUUAUCGGCAAGUACAGGAAUCUUAAUGACAUGGUCUUCGCCAGCUGUUGCUUUAUUAUCAGCUAAUAAUACUUACAUAAAUCCUAUCGGACGGCCCAUAGCCAAAGUUGAAAUUACUAUGUUAUUAGGAAUUCCUCAGCUAUGCUCAUUAUUGGGUUCCUUAGCGUUACCAAAAUGUGCGGAUCUUAUCGGACGCAAAAGAAUUCUUCAUUUUUUAUCUGUUGGAAUGUUAAUCACUACUGUAGGUUUGGCACUAAGCAAUACGGUUAAGUUGUUGAUCACUUUUUUAACGAUAUAUUCCUUUUUAUUGAACGGAGUGUUACCUAUCCUGCUUAUUUAUGUGUUAGAAAUUUGUGAGGAACAUAAUAGAAUCAAGCAUAGUUGUUUUAUAAUAGUUGGAUUGACUCUUGGACAAAUGUACAGCUACUCGAUUGGAUCUUUUUUAAGUUUUAAAUACUUUACACUUGUUUUAGGGAUACCGAUAGCACUUUUUGUAAUAUUUUGUUUCUUUUUAGUAGAGUCUCCUACUUACUUAAUGAUAAAAGAAAACAUAGACGAGUGUAAAAAAGCUUUAUGGAAACUUCGUAGCAAUAAAUCACAAAGUGAAAUAGAGCGGGAUUUCACCGCUAUUAAAAAUUCUGUUAGUAUGGACAAAACGUCAGACGAAUUGUUUAUUAUUGGUAUUUUUACAAGAAGAGAACUACGAGUAGGUAUAUUUUGGGCCAUGAUUCCAAUUCUUACCAAUGUUUUGUCAGGUGUACCUAUGUUUCUAUCCUUAACACCUCCCAUAUUUCAAAAGAUUCAGAUUGUUUGUUCGCCCAAAAUAACUGCUAUAUUAGCAGGUGUAAAGCAAGUAAUCGGUGGUAUACAUAUUUCAUAUACUCUAGGAACAUCUGGAAGGAAAGUUCGUUUAUUAAUAUCUUCUCUUGGGAUAGGAGUAUCAAUAGCAAUCCUGGGAACAAUUUUCUAUUUGGACCAUAUUCAAUCUCGUUUAAUUUACACAGUUCCUUGGUUACCCUUUGUUAUUUUUGCUGUUUAUGGUAUUUUCUAUUCCGUUGGUGUAGGUCCAAUUCCUCUGGCAGUUACUAGUGAGUUGUUUUCUCCUAAAGUAAGGUCUUCUGCUCUAGCGUUUAUUGUAACGAUAAGUUCUAUAUUUUCAGCAAUAACAACUUUUGGUUUUCCUUUUCUUGUUAACAUAAUGGGAAUGUACUGGUGUUUAUGGAUAUUUGCUAUUUGUAGUUUUGUUGGAUUCGGACUGAUAUUUUACUGUUUACCAGAACUAAAGGGUAAAUCUCUUCUAGAAUUACAAGAAACACUUAGAAAUUACUAGCACAGUAAAUGUACAUAUACAGUGGAACCUCGAUAAGUCGGAUUUAUGGGGACCGCGGCCGAUCCGGGUUAUUGAAAAUCCGGGUUAGCCGGAGAAUAUGGUAAAAAUUAACCAACCACUGUAUUCUUGCAAGUAAACUGUAUUAUAAUUGCGAAGACAUGAAAUACAUAUGGACAAUACAUCUAAAUUACGCACAGUUGUAUUACUCUGGGCUGAUUAUCGGAGAAUAGGUCAUUUUUGGGAAAAAUUAUUUACCAGCAAUUUUAUUGCUGGAGUCGAAGCUUAUGAUUAUAUAUAUUAAUAAUAUAGGUAUGCAAAGUCCGCAGAUAGUGUGCUACUUUUUUUAUAAACAAAAUGGCGCCCGAAAAUCGUUUUUUUUCAAUUAUUGCUCUAUAACUCCGAACAUUUUAACUUCACAAAAAAAACACUCAAAUAAAAAUUCACCGCAAUUAAAUUUUGCAUAGAGAUAUGUUUUUCCCGAUCUGCUUCGACGAAACUUUUCUUAGGAAAAUGCGGGUUUUCCCAACAAAAUCUUUAAUUUUCAAAUAAAGUUUUAGAUAAGUAAUUAUCUACUAAUAAUUAAAUAAUUUGGUGACUUAGAAGCCUUCUUGGUUUAGAUUAUAGUUCCAGAAGCUGGUGAAAAUUGAACGAAUAUUUUAACAAUUCACUUGUUAAUUAAUAAUUUACGGUCGCAAUAAUAACCAAAAUAAUUAUGAUAC